GAUGGAGGGAGCACUAUGUCUCAGGGUGCAAAGAAUAACAAGGGAAAUGCAAGGUCAUAUAUAUAUAUCAACGAACCCACCUCAGACGUCAAAGGAAACGUCAACAAUACCCAGUCUACUUAUCAAAGCUCCAACUCGUAUACGUCAGAAACCCGAAAAGAACAUAUAUCAGGGUUUAAAGAUUCUCAGGGGCACUCUAGAACUCGUUCUACAAGACUCUCUCCUAUAAAACGGUCUGAAAAACAGUUUAGUUUUCACAGUCUGACACAAAGUGAUAUUUCUCCGUGUGCUGAAGUGCAUACGCAGAAGUUUGGGUCAGGUCAGGUCAAGUCAGGUCAAGAUAGUUUUAUAAGUACUCCAAGAAGAGUGGAGAAGGAGGAGAAAGAAAAAGAGAAGAGAAGAGAAGAGAAGGGACGGGAUGGAAGAAAUGAAAGAAGGAAAAUUGAGAUAAGUGAACUGAAGGAAAUCAUGAAAGAAUGCUCAUCCCCGCACAAAGAGGGUUCAGGGUCAACUUCAACCAGCAGUUCAAGUGCAGUGCGCGCAUGGAAAGCCCGUAAGCUUGAAGAAAGCAGGUUGCAGCGCCGAUAUAAAACAAUUAUUAAUAACUACAAAUUAAACCAAUGUUAACUCACACCAAUCCAACUAUCCUUUAGUUUGUACAUAAACGUACUGGAUCCAUUACCCAUUGGGAACGUUAAGCUAGGCCUAUCCGAGUAUUGAAGUAACUACAUAAAUUAUUACAUUAUGAUCACACAAGACCCACCAGCAAUUACUUGGCUUGGAUUAUGCAACAAUUGGACUGGUGAGAAUCAUAAAUGUUUACGUUGUUAAACUCUUGAUAACAUUUAAAUAAUUUUAUAUUUUCUUUCCUUCUCCUAUUAUUAUAAUCAAUGAUAUGAAAAUUAUUCUAAAUGAUUUCUAAAGGAGGAAAAUCUAAUUCAUGAACAUUCACUUUAAAAAAAAUAAAUGCAAUUGCGCAUUUUCUUCUUUUUUCCUAUAUUUGAU